AUGAUGCCGCUCGCGCCGACGCCAAUCGUUCCGGUGCCCUCGAAGCCGAAGAUCGGCUUCAGCAUCGAUUCUAUCGUGGGCGGUGGACAGGGCGGACACAGGGAGGAUAGACUGGACCGACUGGAGCGGGUGGAGAUCGACAGGGAUGGCAGUCCUAUGGACGUCGAGGGAUCAUCCUCGCCUAGGAGUCGUCGUGUCACCGCGAGAUCGCCUGGAGCUCAUUCGGAGGGUUCCGAUCGGCCUGUGUCUCGGAGUUCCUCCGUGGAAUCGUACCCUAACUCACGGAGGACACCUUCUCAUGGGCUCCAUCACCACCACGGGAAUCACCAUGGACAUCAUCAUCACCUGUCCGCCGCGACGCACUUGGACUUUAGUCGAACGACGGUUCACAGUCACAGCGGCGGAUCCACGCCUAAUAACAGCCCUAGUCCUCCACAUAGGAUAUCGCACGGCGACUCCCCAGUCGGUGCUCAUCCUCAACCACCUCCAGGAGUCGUUCGACCCAGUCCGAACUAUCUUGCACCACCCCCAGGCGCAGCAACCGCCGCUGCUGUCGCCGCGGAACAACUCAAGUCUCUCUACGGAUUGCCUGGACAUGGACCAACUGGCCCACAAAGUGGUCAGAACGAGUACCACACGCAACAAUUGGCCCUGGCCGCGAAUUUGGCCGCGGCGCAACACUUUCAAGCGGCGAAUCUCGCGGUCGCCCUUCAGGCCCAUCACGGAGCGUCCCCCCAUGGACCUCCGCAUGGACCUUAUCCCCAUGGAGGCGCACCAGGCGGUCCUCAUCCACCGCCUCAUCCUCAUCAACCACCUAGAGACAGUUACCCGCUGUAUCCGUGGCUGAUGUCCAGGCACGGACGGAUCUUCCCUCAUCGGUUUCCAGGAGGUCCUGACAUACCCGGGUUCCUCUUGCAACCGUUCAGGAAGCCGAAGAGAAUAAGGACGGCGUUCAGUCCUAGCCAACUGCUGAAGCUCGAGCACGCGUUCGAGAAAAAUCACUACGUGGUCGGCGCCGAAAGGAAGCAGCUGGCGCAGGCGCUCUCGUUGACGGAAACGCAGGUGAAGGUCUGGUUCCAAAAUCGAUACGGGAACAACAACAGCAACAACAAGAACACCCAUCACGUGAGCAAGUGGCAGCAAGAGACCGGGGACUAUCACCACGAGGAGGACGAGGAGGAGGAGCACAUCGAUCCGGAGGCGGACGAGUGUUCGAGUGGCUCCGAGGCGUAG